AACCCAUGGAGUUCAUAAGUACCUACAACAGUAACUCUAUGCCCCCAUAGUAGAUAUGAACCAUAGACUUAAUAUUUGAGAACAUAGGCUGUGAUGUAAAAAUCACUACAUACAUAGAGCAUGACGAUCAAACUUCAAAGUAGCUGAAAGUGAUUCAAAGGCCAACCCCGCAAAGUGACGCGUUUGUAGCAUAUUUUGUUAAUUUAUUUGCUCAUAACAAUGCAACCGACGUAGUAAUUCAGUAAAUUUAGUUGUAUAAAACGUAACCUUUUAAGUGCUGUUCAAUAUAUUAUUCGAUUAUUUCAUUAUAACUGUACAAAUACGAGCAAUGUGGAACAAGUAGUCCAAAUUUUCGUCAUAAUCCAAUAAUUCUCGGAUGUUAAUGAAGGUCUUCAUACAAGAUGGGCUUACUUAUUUCGAAAAUAUGGAGCUUAUUCGGAAAUGAGGAACAUAAACUCGUAUUGGUGGGUCUCGACAAUGCUGGCAAAACCACUAUUUUAUACCAACUACUUCUUGGUGAAGCUGUACAUACUCGGCCCACCAUAGGGUCGAAUGUUGAAGAGGUUGUGUGGAAGAAUCUCCGGUUUGUGAUGUGGGACUUAGGAGGACAACAAAGCUUGAGAUCAGCAUGGAAUACUUACUACACAAAUAGUGAGUUCGUUAUAAUGGUGAUCGACUCGACAGAUCGACAGCGUUUAGGCAUAAGCCGGGAAGAGCUGCAUCGCAUACUUGUCCACGAAGAACUAAGCAAGGCAUGCUUACUCGUAUUCGCUAAUAAACAGGACGUUAAAGGAUCAAUGACAGCAGCUGAAAUAUCGGAGCAAUUAGAUUUGACGUCGAUAAAGCAACAUCCCUGGCAUAUACAGGCGUGUUGCGCGCUCACUGGUGAGGGGUUACAUUUAGGUUUAGAAUGGAUCGCCAGUCGAAUAAAGAAGAAAUGACCAUCCGAUGACGCAGGCGAAAUCGUUGAACAUUAGAUACUAUUCUAAUCAUUGUUGAAUUAGAAUUAUGUAGCAUCACAAUAAUUCAAUUAAUUUCAUUUUAUGACUGGUAUUAAAAUAUUUCCUUUUUAUCGAUUAUUAUGAUAAUCAUUUAUAAUUAUGAUCAUUUUAUUAUAUUGAAUAACAUGAAAAUAUUUGUUAAUAAAAUAAAGACCAUGAAUUUUU